CCUAAUUAUUUCCGCCAUUCUCUUCCGCCAUUUUUUUUCUUUCUUUCCCGGGAGCGUAGCUAACUAUGGGAAGCGAUACCGAAGCAGAGAAGUCUAUUCAAAAGGAGAAGAAGAAGUACGCUAUUUCUCUUGCUCCUAUCGCUAAACCUCUCGCCGGCAAAAAACUCCAGAAGAGAACAUUCAAACUCAUUCAAAAAGCUGCUGGAAAGAAAUGUUUGAAGAGAGGUGUUAAGGAAGUUGUCAAGAGCAUCAGACGUGGCCAGAAAGGACUAUGCGUUAUAGCUGGAAACAUAUCACCCAUUGAUGUGAUUACACAUCUUCCAGUCUUAUGCGAGGAGGCUGGUGUUCCUUACGUAUACGUCCCAUCGAAAGAAGAUCUUGCGCAAGCUGGAGCAACAAAACGACCAACUUGUUGUGUCUUGGUGAUGCUUAAACCGGCAAAGGGAGAGCUAGCUGUAGACGAACUCGAAAAGUUAAAGACAGACUACGAACAAGUCUCUGACGAUAUUAAGGAGCUUUUAUCUACUGUAGUUUGAUUAGAACGUAGAAUCGAAAACACACUUAACAUGUGUUUCUGUUGUGCCGUGGUGUGGUUAAAUGAAUCUCAUGAUAUUUAAGGCCUUAUCAAUUUUUGUGGACAAUCAAGAGUUAAGAUUUCUAGUAUUGUAAAAUUUAGAAUCAGAAAAAUCCAAUGUUUCACAUAUUGGUAGUGGACUAGUUAAGUUUGCAGUUUUUAAGGGCGUUUAUCAA